AUGUUCACUAAGACCGCCGUCACUCUCGCCCUUGUGGCCGUCACCCUGGCUGCUCCUUCACAGCCUUCCUACGGAUAUGCUCCUCCCGCAACCUAUGACGUUCCAGCAAAGUACGACUUCAACUACGCCGUGAAGGACGACUAUUCCGGAAACGACUUCGGUCACCAGGAGGCUCGUGACGGAUACGACACUCAGGGUUCUUACUACGUUCUCCUUCCCGACGGCCGUCUGCAAAAGGUUGCCUACACGGUCAACGGUGACUCCGGUUACGUGGCUGAGGUCAGCUACGAGGGUGAGGCUCCUGCCUACAAACCCGCCCCAGCAUACAAGCCCACCCCUGCUUACGAGCCUGCUCCUGUAUACGAACCCGCUCCUACUUAUGCCUAG